AUAUUGGAUCAUAUUCACAGCUGUUAUUAUUUUCGUUCGUUUCAGUGAUAAAAAAAAAUUGUGUCGGCGAAGAAGUUAAAGACAAUCGGUAAAACGUUGAAUGUUCAUUUAAAUUUAAAUGUAAAAUGACUUCUGUAGAUUCGGGAGUUGAAACUGGAAAUGAUUCCAAUGAUAGUUUAGUUGCACAACAUGAAAAUAUACCCGCGGGACAGGCGAGCGUCAGUACAUCGGCCUUUAUGUCAACAGCAGGAAAUAAAAUGGAAGACGAAGAAAUUCAAUGUGAUCCAAUUCCAACAAAUCUUGAUGCAAUUGCUUCAAUACAUUCACAUUUUAUAUCAACAGAUCAAGUAAGAAGAAGCAGAAGAAAAAGGCAUCCACAUUUAAAACAUUAUCUUACAUCGAGAAAUAAUAUUUCAUUUAGUAACAUACCAGGAACAUCGGGUCCAUUAACUUUCCAUCCAUCUGAAUUCUUUAUGUCACCAUCAGAAAGUAGAAUAACAGAAGAUAAAAUGGAAGACAAAAAAGAUGAAAAUGAUUGUGAUACAUUUUCAUUAAAUCUUGAGGCACUUGCUUCAAUUCAUCCGCAUUUGAAACAUUAUCUCACAUCGAGAAAUAAUAUUUCACUUGGUAACAUACCAGGAACCUCUGAUCCUUUGACCUUUCAUCCUUCUGAAAGAGUUGUUAUGACAACAACAACAUCGGGAAAUAAAGUGGAAGAUGAAGAAAAACAAAGUGAUACAUUUUCAUUAAAUCUUGAGGCACUUGCUUCAAUUCAUCCGCAUUUGAAACAUUAUCUGACAUCGAGAAACAAUAUUUCACUACCGGGUACAUCUGAACCUUUGACCUUUCAUCCUUCUGAAACAGUUUUUAUGACAACAACAACAACAUCGGGAAAUAAAGGAGAAGAUGAAGAAAAAAAAAGUGAUUUAAUUUUGACAAAUCACAGUGAAAUUGUUUCAAUUCAUCCACAUUUGAAACAUUAUAAUAAUUCGACAAAUACUAAUAUUUCACUUAGUAAUAGACCAGGAACCUCUGGUCCACUGCCCGUUUAUGCUGCUCAAUCACUUCAGCCUUUCGUUGCAUCUGAAAUGUUUUUUACUCCCACUACAAUGUGUUCCAAUCAAUUGUUAUCAACUGUAGAAUUUAUAAAAUCGAUUCGUAGAAGAGCAGGACCUCCAUUCUCCAUUGAGAGUAAUUCACAUCAAGCAAAUUGUUUUAAGCCAAAAAUGAGAAUUUUUCGAGGUCGACAUCAUUGCAUAACAGGAAAAGAGUUUCAAGGGCCGUUAAAGGAGCGUAAAAUGCGAAUGGCCGCUGCAACUAAUAACGUAGAAGUAAUGCGUCGACUGUUAGAAACUGGAAUAUCUCCAAAUAAUAAAGACGGACAGCAAAGAACUCCUCUACAUUUGGCAUCAUGCAGAGGAUAUACUGAAAUAGUUCGAUUGCUUUUGGAUCAUGGCGCUGAUCCAAAUCAACGCGAUUGCAUUGGCAAUACACCAUUACAUUUAGCGACAGUAACAAGUAAAAUAGCAGUGGUGACAUUACUUUUAAAAGCCGGUACCGAUGUAUUAUCAUCCGAUAAACAUGGUCAUAAUCCAUUGCAAAUUGCUCAAACAAAAUUGAAAUUAUUACAAAAUUGUCAUGGUUCGGACAUGAUUAAAAUUAAAGAAGAAGUACAUAAUAUUGUUGAUAUGCUUCUUGCUUAUCUUGAAAAGCAAAAAAAUGCCCAAGAACAAGUUGAAAAUCUCAGUAAUUUUUAUUCACGUCUAUCAUUAUCAAAUACUUCGAAUCAAAUUCAAGAUGACGUUAGAGAUUUAUUGGCCAAUUUAAAUUCCUUAAGUUUAACCAGUUAAUUGCCUUAAUUUUUUCCUUUUUUUUCGAAAAAAAAGAAAUGCUCGUUUCUUAAUCUUUAACAUUUACAAAAAACUAGAAACACUUUUUAAAAAUUAUAAACGUAUGUGAAAAAAACAAAACUAUAUUUUCUAUCAAAAAAAAAUACUCGUAAGCUCGAUAAAAAAAAGAAGAAAGAACAAUCGAAUGCUGAAAAAAAAUGAUUUUAUAAACAACGCUGUUUAUAUAUUGAGUCAACGAACUCUAUUUUAAUCCCUUUUUUUUCAAUUGUAGUUUUUACGACAGGUUUGGUGCCGAGGACAAAUUGUCUUAUUUUCCGAGAUUUAUAUACAAUACUUGUGAAACAACGUAUUAAUUAUUAAAAACGAAAAAAAAAAUUAUAAUAUGAAAAUCAAUUUAAGUUUAUCUUUAGGAGUAUAUAUUUACAUUAUAGAACAAUUUGUACUAUUUCAGUGCUUUUCAUUUCAGAUAAUUAAACAUCAUUGAGAUAAAUAUGUAUGAAACAUAUUUAAUUCCACUAUUGUGUAAAUAUUUGAUGUAAUUACAUCUUCUGUAAAUAGUGACAAAUGUUCAUAGUUAUAGAAUUUACAAUGGUAAAUAAUUAAAAUUUGAAAAAAAAAAAACUUAUACACCGAAGGCAGUCGCCUUAUUUUAUAAUCGGCAAAUUGUUACGUAUCCAUUUAAAAUAAAGUAUAAUAUUGAAUAAUAAUAAAAUAAUUUUACAGAAUUAAGCAAAAUGGAAGCAAUCAUACGAAAUAUAUAUAUAUAUAUA